CUUUCCCUUCCUCUCUUUCAGGCAGGCGAGCCAGCCUUGCCUCUGCCUCUGCUUGCGGGGCUGCCGGAGCCGCGGCCGAAGCGACCUGAGGCUCCCGAUGGCGGCGGCGGCGGCGGCGGCGGAAGAGGAGCGCGACGAGUGGCAAGGGGUCGCCCAGAAGCGCAAGGCCUGGGCCAAGAGCAGGGACUCCUGGCAAGCCUCAGAAGCCGAGCGCCUCUCGCCAGAGGCGGACGAACAGGCGGCGGCGGCGGCGGAGCCGGAGGUCGCCGGGGACAAGUUACCCUUGGCUGCCGCGGAAGGAGGCAAUAUUCCAAAUGAAAAAAUUGCAAUAUGGCUUAAGGACUGUAGAACUCCCCUAGGAGCCUCUCUGGAUGAUCAGAGCAACCCUGUGUUAAAAGGCAUGCUGGUGAAAAAUGGAGGAAGUUUCGAAGAUGACUUAUCACUGGGAGCAGAAGCUAAUCAGCUGCAUCAAAGUAGUGAACAAAUGGAAAUCUGUAAUGGUAUGUUGGCGAAGGACAAAAGACUUCAGUUUCAUCAAAAGGGAAGAAGUAUGAAUUCCACUGGCUCAGGGAAGAGCAGUGCAACCGUUUCAAGUGUUUCUGAACUACUGGAACUAUAUGAGGAGGAUCCUGAAGAGAUUCUCUACAAUCUUGGAUUUGGCCGAGAUGAACCAGAUAUUGCUUCUAAAAUUCCAUCAAGGUUUUUUAAUUCAUCGUCCUUUGCCAGAGGGAUAGAUAUCAAAGUGUUUCUGAAUGCUCAGCUGCAACGCAUGGAAGUGGAAAACCCUAAUUUUGCUUUGACAAGUCGCUUUCGUCAAAUUGAAGUGCUCACGACUGUGGCCAAUGCAUUCUCUUCCUUGUAUUCCCAAGUUUCUGGCACUCCGUUGCAGAAAAUUGGGAGCAUGAAUUCAACAGCUUCCAGCAAAGAGGCCUCCAGCCCGCCUCCCUUGACGCGAAGCAACACAGCGAAUCGUCUCAUGAAGACCUUAUCUAAACUCAAUCUUUGUGGGAAUCCACAGGCAGGAGAAGGUGGUAGCCCUACAACACUCUCACCAUCUGAGAGGGCAAAAACUGAGGAUGGGAAUGAGGAAGCUGAGGUUAAAAAUGAACCCAAAACUCCCAAGCACUUCAAAGCCUCCCUGCUGGCUACAGUGAAAGAGGAGGUGCCUAGCAAUCCGUUUGGUGUUGGCUUGGAACUUUCGGAUGGCACUGCUGCUGAACAGGAAGCACCAGGCAGCUUUGGGUCUCAAGAAAAGGAGCAGGAUGGUCCCUCCCUUGGUCAUGCAGAUAGCCUUCAUGAAAAAGCUGCCACUGUCACCUCUUCUAGCCUUGAAAGCCGAGUGCCAGAGUCUACCAGCUGCGAACGUGAAGGUGACCCUGAGUUGCCAUCUCCUCCUUCUACAGUGGACAAGGAGCCCUUUGUUCCAGUAGCAAACCGAUCCAUUGCCAGCCUCAUGUUGCAGCAGAAGGACUCCUUUGAGAUGGAAGAGAUUCAGAGCACAGACGGAGAGAUUCCACAUGCUCUUAAUGCCAUCCAGCUGGCUUUCAUCAAAACUAAGAAAGACCAGCUUUUACGAUCAGCAAGUCAGCAUUCGGACAGCAGUGGUUUUGCAGAAGAUGCUUCUUCCACAGACUGCUUCUUGCUAAAUCAACUUCAGGGACAUGACUCCUUGCAGGCCAUGGGAAGCAGCGCUGACAGCUGUGACAGUGAGACCACAGUCAUGUCUUGCAGCGAAGAACUCAAGACCCCAGUAGCAGAACAGCAGCCCUAUUUCAGUGAGCUUGACGAGGAGGAAUUCCUCCUCUCCGAAGCAGAGCGAGGAAACCCAGAGAUGCUUUCCGAGAUGCAGGAAGGAAAAGGUCAGAUGAUGCUGGAGGGCCGGACUCCCAGUGGAGUCCAAGGGAAAGAGCUUGGCCAAGGACGUUUUGUGCAAAGUGGCGAAGAGGCGGCAGCUGAAGCCUUGGAGGAAGGCAGCGAAGAGAGUGAUGUCGAUAAAAGCAGCGAGUGCGAGUUCCCGCCCUACAAAACCCACCACAUUCUCAAAUCCGUGCCCUCCAUAGAAAGCAGCAGUUCGGCUCCUUCCUCGGCGGAGCGGGUUAGCAGCGCUUUGCAAAGAGCCCAGAGACGAAUGGGCGGCUCGUCCGAUUCCAGAGCCGGCCGCCCUUUGCUCAAAUCCAAAGACCUUCUCUUCAAGCAGAGGCAUCGAAUCGCUGACCUGGGCUACCCCCUGCGGCGCUCCCAGUCCCUCCCGACCACGCUGUUAAACCCUGUGAGAGUUGUCUCCUCUGUGAGUGUUCAGGUGGCUCCGGGAAAGCAGACCUUCUGCAGCCCUCCCUCCUUCACAUACAAGUAUGGCGCACCUGAAGAAGGCGAGAAGAAGGAAGAAGGGCGGCCCAGCCCUGAGAUCAGCAGCAGUCCUCCCAGGUGUACGUCCACCCUCUUCAUUGCGCCUUCCUCUCUCAAGAAAGAAUCUUCCCCUCCUCCAGUAAACAAGACGGCAGAGGAGCCGUGCCGCAGCCAGAGGCGGAGCUGCCCUCUUCAUCUCCCGGCCUUUAUGUCCCAGUCCUCCUGUUCGCUGCAUUCGCUGCAUUCCGAGUGCCCAGACAGGCCCUUGUGUGCUCACAUGAGAACAUUUAGUGCGCACAGCAUCCCGAGCACCCCUGGGUCUUCUUGCAGUGCCUUGCCUUCCCCCUUCGGAUGCUAUCACUCACGGGGCCCUUAUGGACCCCCUUGCCAGCUCCCAACCACGAACACGCCCUCCACGGUUGAAAUGCAGCUGAGGAGAGUUUUGCACGACAUCAGGAGCUCCUUACAAAACCUUUCCCAGAACCCAAUGAUGAGAGGCCAUGAUGUUCCUUCAUCCCCUUACAGCCCUGAGAGAUCAUCUGUUCUACCUCUCUAUGAAAAUACCUUCCAAGAUCUUCAAGUGGUGAGAAGGAACCUAAACCUCUUCAGAACCCAGAUGAUGGACUUGGAAUUGGCCAUGUUACGCCAACAGACAACAGUUUAUCAGCACAUGACGGACGAAGAAAGGUAUGAAGCUGACCAGCUUCAAACCCUGAGAAAAUCUGUUCGCAUGGAGUUACAGGAACUAGAAAUGCAGUUAGAGGAACGUCUUCUGGCUCUCGAAGACCAACUUCGGAAUAUGCACUCCUGUUCUCCUUUCAGGCAGCAAACUCUUAUGGGCAUGUAUGGAGGCAGAAGCAUUGAAAACCUGUCAUGUCCUUCUCCGCUGAAUGUUAUGGAACCCGUGUCAGAACUCAUUCAGGAGCAGUCCUACCUGAAGUCAGAAUUGGGGCUGGGGCUGGGGGAGCAUGGCAUGGAGACUUGUCCAGCAGAAGGCUCAGAGUCUGCCUUUGAUCACGGCGGGAAUUCCGACACAUCUUCUGUGUGUUCCAGUCAAGCUAGUAGAAAAGCUGGUGCCCGUUCAUCUGAAACAGUGAAGUCAAAGGCUCCCGGCAAAAGAGUCUACCGAGCCUGUGUGGCCUUGAUGCCUUCUCCGCCGGCAAGACCAGAAGCAAGGCGGCCGCCGGAAAGUUCAGAGGAGCACCUGGCCUCCCAGUUGGAGGCGGAGCAAAAACUUGAAAAGAUGCCUCUUGCGCCUGCAGCUGAAGAAAUGCACAAGAACGUGGAGAACGAUGAACUGCAGCAAGUCAUCCGAGAGAUCAAAGAGUCGAUUGUUGGUGAAAUCAGACGGGAAAUUGUCAGUGGGCUGUUAGCAGCUGUCUCAUCCCCUAGCAGAUCUACUAAUGCUAAGCAAGAAAUGUAACCAUGAACCCGGUACAAGAGGUUGCCAUGUGGUCCAGAGGCGCAAUGGAAUUCUCCUCUUGAAAGCUGCCAAGGGAGGUGUGUGCUUGGACACUUUUGGACAGAAGCAACGGCUACUGAGUACAGUCCUUUCUUAGCGGUCUCCUGUCCAACUUCCCACAUUGGGCCCCUCUACUCUGACCAGGACUCUCUGUAUCUUAACUACUGCUCAUGAAUCAUCAAGAGAAGAACUCUGGCUGUUUUGCAAGCCUUAAUAUUUAUUUGUAUGUAUCUGUCUCUGUGUGUGCGUUGUCCUUAAUUCUGUGUAGAAGAGUGUUCCUCAUAAGACUUGAAGACUGCUGGACCUACCCCAGUUCAGUGCAAAAUAGCCUCGGACUGUUAUUUCCUCUCCCCACAACCAUGGACCCCACCCUACCCCUCGCCACUGACCUCUGUGAGGUAUUUAACUGUGCAAUAACAGAUUCACUCUGAGAGCUUGAAAUAACUAUUUCCACUGCUGUUACUGAGUGCCACUUCAAAAGAGGAGGGUAGCCUGUUGUAAAAAAAUUGUAAGCCUUGGGAGAAGCUACCAUUUGCAAAGCUUAGAGAAGUACAUGUACUUACCUAAAACUACUAAAGAUGCUCACACUGAAAGGCCUUAUCCUUGUGCAGUAGAUACUUUAAAAAAGAAUAAUGUUCUGCUUCUUUAAUCUUCCCUUAUUCCUUCAUGUGCCUCUUUUUUAUAUAAACAUUAAUAUAUAUGAAUUAUGUCAUUAUAUAAGAAGGCGGCCUCUUCCUCCUUUUAUUCAGACAUGUUUGUAAUACACUAGUUUAAUACAUGAAAGUGGUAUGCCAUUUCAUUGAGGUGGAUGGUCUCUUCUGCGGUUGUUAUGGGGAAACUGGAAGGAACAAUGUCCCUUCUUCCUUCUCUGUUUCUGUUUAGAAGCUGGGAGAAAUGGCAUGUGCCACAGCAAAAGAGAAUGGGCCGUUUGUAGAGUUUCUUGACCUAUGGCUCUUGCCUGUGGGAUGCACAGUCAGUUGAAGGGCAACAAGGUUUGAAUGCCACUAGGAUUCUUGUCUUUUAAAAUUAUUUUUUCCCCGCUAAUAAAUUUGUGUUGAAGAUGUAAUCAAUGACUAGUAAAAUUUUAACAAUAUUACAGAAGAAAAGCCUGUCAACAAGCUGUAUGUUUAGAAUAUACAGAAGGGCUGAUCUCUUUUGGAAAGGGCUGUUUGUGCCAAUAAAAUUAUUUAUUUUGCCUACAA